GCAUCAAAUCCAUCAUCACCAGUUUUCAGUUUUCCGGGGGGUGGUUAUGGAGAGAUAAUAUAAAUAAAUAUGUUUUUGUCUCAAAAACUAUGAACUUUAGGAAAAUGCUUCGGGGAGAUUUACAACAUGGGAAAUAUGAAGGAUCUUCUUAAAAAAUCUCUUCAACUCUUAGAUGAAGUGACUGAAAUUCCUCUAAAACAAAACACAAACACUCAAAAAGAUGGGCAACAUGUUUUCCUUCAACAAAGUGUUACUCUUCUUGCAUUUAAAGAUAAAUUGUCCAUUAAUUCAACUGCAACUCCUGGUGCUUCACCAAAGUUACUUUUUGGAAUAAUCAAAGAAGACCUUCCCUUAUUUAUUGGUGCUAUUAUUGGUGCAUCUCUUGUAAUUGCACUUUGUGUGCUAAUUCUAAUAUUUUGGAAGUGUUGUUGUAGAAUGACUAUUUUGAGCAAGAAAAAAGAAUAUUGGUUACAGCCUAAGAAUACAUCUAACUUAAAAGGAAAAAAAUACCCUACUGUGCAAAGCAGCUCCGUUGUUUUUUUGGGACUUAAACCAACUCAGGAUUUUGCAUAUAAAAGAGAAAAAUCCUCUGAGGACUGCACUGUCUUCAAUUUUUUUGCAAAUUCAUCUGACAAAGAUCUUUUAAAUAGCACAUUUGAUGAUUCAAUGAGUUACACCAUGUCAUCACAAUGCCCUGACAUAAUUGUUUCUGAUGAAAAGAAACCUGAUUCUAAUGGACCAAAUCUGCUUCCAAAUGGUACCUGUUCUAAUGAUACUGCUAAUCAGUCAUGUUCUGUGAUUUCUACAUCAUCAGUUUUGCAAAAUGGAAGUAUUACUCAUUGCACGAACUCGAGCAUCCUCUCACCAAAUGAUAUGAGCAUUCCAAGUAUUACCAUUCAUCAAGAAUCACCCGCAUUGUUUCAUAGAAGCUUUUAUUCUGGAAAUUUUGAUCAACAUAGUUUGUACAGCUGUGAUUCUCAUCCUGCAUCAGAAAUUGGAGUCAGAAAAUGUAGUAGCUUUACUUGGAGUAAUUAUAGCUUACGACCAUCAUCAAGUGACUGUUACUAUGAUUUAUUCCAAAAAGCAAAUUUUUGUAAGAAGAGGAAAAAUCGUAUGAGAAGUGAUAUUGCUGCUGCUAUUGCUCUAAACAGAAGCCAGAGUUCUCAAUUAAACAAAGAUACAGAGUUAUUAGUUGAAAAUGAAGUUGAAGUCGUUUUAGCGGAGAGAACAACACUGUAAAUUAGAGAUAAUUAAAAGGAAAACUUGCAUCAAAGUAUGAUACUUCACCAAGUUAGACUAUCAUCUAUUAUUAAUGCCCAUUUCAUUGUUUGAGUUUUUUUCUUUCUUUUAAUUUGAAGUUAUCUGUGACAUUUCUAGUCAUUUCAAAGUUUUAUCUAUUAAUUCUUAAAUUGGAUAACUGUUUCUUACUUACCUCUAGAUGUUUUUAAUAUAUCGUCACAAAAAUCAUCAUGCACUUAUAUUUUUUUGUCAAUGGCAAUUGAAUGAUAUUAAAAAAAUAUUGAGAUUACUUUUUCUGUGUUUUCAUUGAUUUGAUUGCUCUGUUACUUAAAAUACCAGUAGAUAUUCUAAUCAUUUUUUUCCUUGAUUUUAAUCGGAGUUUUUUAAGGUAUUUUUGAACUCUCACUGUGAUAUAUAUUUAGUGAUUAACCCCUUCCUCUACUCUAACCUCAUCUACUUUUUUUUCUAACCUCUUUUACGAUUUGAGAGCAUUCCAAUAUGAAUUUUAAUAAAAAAAGAAAAAUUAUGAAUCAAUUAAAUACUACUUUGUUGAAUGCUGUUUGCUGUAACUACUGCAAUAAAUUUAGCUUGUUCAUUUCCAUUGGAAAAUAAUUAUAAAUAAUUAAAACUUCAUGUUCUUCAGGCCAUUGUUAGCAUUUGUUAACUUGUUAAUCUGUCUGAUAAUUGAGCUAAUAAAGAUCCAACUGUUGUUAUUGGUUAUAGAAACAUUUUGUUUUAUGCUUUUGUACAAAUUUUAUUAUUCCAUUUUUACUUAUCUUAAAACUGUGUCUUGCUAGGUUUCAGUGUUAUAAAUUUAAAACCUAGUUAAUUAUUGUAGCACUUUUCUACAUUCAAUUUAAUUAUAAUGCAUUUAAAGAAAUUAGUAAAUUAUUAAGUCCUCUUGCAAUUAAUUAAUUAUGAGCUUAGAAGACCAAAGUGUGAGCUUUCUUUUUAAACAUAAAAUAUUAGAAUUAAAUAAUUAGAAUUAAUUAAAAGUUUAGAAUUAAUUGUCUGUAAUGACUUCAUACAUUUUUAUGACCUUACUUUGUGUGAAUGAGUUAAGUAAUAAAAUAAAAUUUCAGUAUUGUUAAAUUAAAUUUAAAAUUUUGAAUACAAAAUUUUUUAAAUUAUUAUGUUUGUAUCACAAUACAUAAAACUGGUAAGAAAACUGGUAACAGUAAGAAAAAAAACUGGUAACAGUAAGAAAAAAAACUGGUGACUUUUAUUUUUCUUUCUUAGCAUUUACCUACUGAAUCUGUCUGGUACAUAUCUUUUUUAAUCACUAUGUUAAAAUACUUUUUUGACUCUAAAGAGCAUUGUAGAAUGUUGUUUAAGACACUUAAAUACUCUUUAAAUGAAAUUUUUUUAAAAUCUGUGUAUUAAAGUUCAAGAUAUUUAUAUCAUUGAUUCUGAAGAUUGGUCUAAAUUUGAUUAAUUAUAAAAUACUUAAAAUGCGUUCUACUUACCAUAAGAAGAAAAAAAUGAGUUUCUUUAAUUCAUACAGUGAAAAUUUGUGGGACUCUGUUUAAUUCCUUGUAAAAUCUAUUGAAAUUUUCUUAACGAAAUUAUAGAUAUUUUUAUGUUAUUUUGUUUUGCAGUGUAAACAGCUAUUUAUCAUUUUCAAAAUGUUUUGAUAAUGUUUCCUAUUUACACAAGAAAGCAAUAUUUUCUUUUUAUUGAUUAGAGAAUUUAUAUUCCAUCUUUUUUGAAUUUUUCAAAUUUUUAAUGAUCUUAUUAGCUUACAAGAUCUUAAUCAAUUGAUAUUUGAUACUUUUUUGUAAUUCAUACAUUCAUUUCCAAAGUUUGUACAAUAAUUAUUGCAUCUUACAUUUAAAUUUUUUACCUUUGUAAAAAAUAUAUUUUUAUCAAAAUGUUGAGGGGAAAAAAUAUUGACUCCUGUUGAAGUGUGCAGUAUUUUAUUAACAGUCCCAAAUAAGUAUUAAUUUGUUAAAAUUAAUACUGCAAUAUUUCGAUUAAUUUUAAUAAAUUUCGUUACUUUCAAUUUACAAAUUUCUCUUUAGAAAUUUUCUACAUAUCAUGUAUGAAGAAUGUUUUAAGCUUAAAUAUUUCAUUAUUUGUAUCUCUGUAAAAUUUACUGAAUAUACACCCAAACAUAUCUGAUUUUAGAACUGUUUUUAUGUGUAGUUUGGAAUAAUGCACUUAAUAUGUAGAAAUGUAAAUGCACAUCAUCAUAAAUGUCAGCUUUUUUCAGAUCUGUUAAAUAUUACAAUAUUAAAUUGCACUUGUGUGAAAAAUUGAACGAUAUCCUCCACAGCACUAUGAUAUUGCUCGAAAAUAUUUUUUCACCUUAUUUUUCUUUCAAAUAUUCUGAGAGGCACAUAAAAGUUUUCAUAUAGAUGUAAAUCUUUCAUAUUGUGGUGUAAUUUUAACAUCACAAAGUAGCAUUUUCUGAGAUUUCUGUAAAUGUAACUUAAAAUACUGUUUCUUACUUAAUAUGUUAGGUUGAGUUAUUAGUUUGCCAUAAAAAAUUUUGCAAAGGACUUUUUAUUAGUAAUUAAUAUUUUUUUUAAUUUGUUUUAUACGGAUUAUUUGCUGUGAUAAUUUAUAUAUCAAGUAUUUAAUAUUUAUUCAAAUUUUUUAUUAUGCUAUUAACAUUGAGAUGCAUGAUUAUGUGUGUUUAUUANUAAUUAAUAUAUUUUUUUAUUUGUUUUAUACGGAUUAUUUGCUGUGAUAAUUUAUAUAUCAAGUAUUUAAUAUUUAUUCAAAUUUUUUAUUAUGCUAUUAACAUUGAGAUGCAUGAUUAUGUGUGUUUAUUAGUUAAGAAUAUAAAUAUGUAUAAAACAUACUUAUUGGUAUUUAUUUAGAAUAUAUUUUUAUGAUGUUUUUGUAUGAUUAAAUUUUGUAUAAAAUAUUUUUCUCAUUUGAAAGAACUUUUUGCUAACUUCUGCACAUUGUAAAAUCUUUGUAUUACUGUUUGAUAAAAUGCAGUUAGAUGUAUUACAUUCCUGUUAAAUGUGCCAAAUGUGUUUAGUAAAAAAAGUAGAUGCUAUUAGCAUUGGCAUUGGUCACAAUCAAAUUUUGUCACAAAAAGUUUUAAUUUAUAUGAAAAUAAAUUUAGUUUGUAUAAUGAAUGUCUGAGAAAUCAAAGGUGAUUUGUAAUAUCAGAAAAUGAAAAAUUGAAGGAGAUAAAACUGUAUGGUUUGCUGUGUUCUUUUUCAGAAUAUUUAUUCUCGCUAGGCUACAAAAUAAGUUACAAAUCUCAUAAAAAAUUGCUACUGUUGCAAAAAGAAGAAACUUUUUGCUGGAGACUAGACCACUCUUAGUAGAAUAUUUGCACAGGUGUCUGUUAAUUUUGUCAUCAGAAUGCACCGUUUUUUGUUGCUAAUUUCUUUUAUUUAGAAAAGAGUUCUAUAGUUUUUCUCUUUUAGCCGUGGUAUAUUUUAAUUAACUUUGCAACCGCUUUUGAAACUUGUUUCCAUAGCAUAAUGCCACAAACUAUUCUUUUCUACCUCCUUUCAUGUUUCAUUAAUUAACCUUUUCAAUUGUCAGUCAUUUUUUACUGACCUAAUAAGUUACUGACUUUUAUGUUGACUUUAGUUCUUUUUAUAUAUUAGUACUUAUUUAUUGCAUUAUUAUGUUAUAUUUUUUUAAUGUAUGUACAUAUUUAUUCUAAUAUUAAGGACAUAAGUUGAUAUUUUUGAAUCUUUUAUACUACUGUUAUUAAAGAUUUUGGUUCGGAAUUAAAGAGAGUAAAUAAGGAUAAAAUUUCUUACUCAAGGAAAUUGUUUUAAAUAUUUGUUAAUUUAUUCUGUUACGUUCUAUCAAAAAUAAAUUAAUGGCAUCAA